UGGAGACAAAUCCGAUAAUGCACACUGCCAAUUCGGCGAUGCAUCCACAAGUAAUCGAAUACGCGAUGCCACCGCCCAAGAGAAAAGCUCAACGCCAUCAUCGUCCACAUAAUUAUAAUUCACUGCACGACAACGACUACCAACGGCAUCAUCAUCACCAUCAUUAUCGUAAUCAUCAUCAUCACCAUCAUCAGUAUCGUCAUAACGACGAUUAUCAAGAUCAGCAUUGUCAUCGACGUCAUCAUCGUCGAGUGGUGAGUGAUCCCGGAGGGUUUGCUCGUUCCAACAGUCAAAACGUUUUCCCACAGCAUCGUCGUUUUUCCAGCCUCGGUGGCAACGACCACGGUCCUAGCCUCCUUCAAGCAACCAUCACCGAAGCGAGCGAAGACGAGCCCAGUCCGGACGAGACGACCAAAACUUUGACGUUCAGAAAAGUGCCAUGGCACCCCAAUCUGCACAUGCUCAAAACUAGACAAAAAUAAUUAGAGACACGCGCGAAAGAAUUAAUUUUUUUCUACUCCCGCACAGUCACUCUUUACACUCGUUUCUUAAACAUGAAAAAUCAAAGGGACCGUCGACACUCGAUUUGUUUUUCGCAUUUUAUAACUGCGUUCCGUUUUCAUUUUACCCUGUAAAGGCUUUUUCUUGUACCUUUAAAUUGUUGACUAGUGUAGUUCGUGCUUAUCACAUUUUCGAAUUAUUAAGCGAAAUUCCUAUGACAGUUUUAGAAAAUCUGUAUUUUAUGAGCAUUAUUUUCUCAAAACGUUGUUUCAUUUGGUAGCAGCUUAUCGAUUACGAAAACUCAAAACGUAAAAGACAUAAAUAUUUUACAAUUUCUUUUCAAUAUUUUUCUACAGCCCGAAAGACUUUCAAUUCCGGUGCCAGUGACAAAACUUAUCGGUUCCCUUUGGAAGAAAACAAACGACGUUUUAACGUUGAUGCAUGGAAUUUUCUAUUGUUUAAAAUGUUGGGAGAUGAUAAAAAAAGUUUCGAAACUACCCGAGUUACAUUUUUUUUACGUACUAAUACAGUAAAAGACACUGCAAGCAAUAGUAUGAAAAGAAGCUGUGUGCAAGUAGAUUUUUCAACUUGCACAACCAGAUGUUUCCUAAAUUUCUAAUAAGAAAAAGUUUAGUUACCAAUUUAUCAAAGCGCCAAUAUUUAAAACGCACAAUAUUCUAUCAUAAAAGAAGCAAAUCGUUUUUUCGAACUUCUCCAUGGGAAUUGCGGUUAAAGAAUUUGGAAAAGCUUGCGAAUUCAUACUUUCAAUUGAACAGAAUAUUGUUUGAUGUCUCAAACGAUUUUUCCAAAUUUUUUUUUUUUUUAUCUUUCUCAUAAGGAAUGUAUGAUUUCUAGAAAGAAAAUUGUAGAAAAUGUAUGGAAGAUAAACGACCCAGAUUUAUGUAUUUAGGAUUAAGUACGCGUCCUUUUUUUUUCGUAACUUGUGUGCAAUAUUAUUUUCUAAGUUGAUGGAUAACGCUGUAAAGUUAACUUCAAGAGGGAGAUUUUAGUGUGUUUCGACAAUUUUCACAUCUUCUCUUUUUUUUUUAGCUUAACUUUUAAUUUAAACGGAGCCUCGAUUUCAGCGUCGAAAAAGCGAUACGAACGAAUCUUCAUAGAUCGAAAUAGCCAUGAAAGUUGGGUCGCGCAACGACCGUGAUUCUUAUUCGUUAUGCUAUUCAUAAAACAACGAAUCAAUAUCAUUUUUUAUCUUAAAGUCCUGUCAAAACAACGAUGUACAUAUUUAUUUGGUUAAACGCUCGAGAAGAGUCGGAAUCUCGUAAAAGAAACCGACGUAAUAAACAAAUAUUUAUAAUGGUA